GUGUGUGUGUGUGUGUGUGUGUGUGUGUGUGUGUUUAAGAGAUAGCAGUCCUGUGCGUUUGAGAACCGAGACGCCAAGCGCUGGACCUUGCGCGAGGUGGCUCAGGCGUCAGUUACGGAGGGAAAUGGAACAAGAAGGCAAGCUGUGUGAUUUCGUCUCGUGUGCAGGACGGUAGCUGGUGCUUUGACUCUCUGCGGCGGCUGCGCUGCUUCCGUCGUCUUCGAGCACAGGAACACAGACUCGGUGGGAAAGGCAGACUGGGAACGAGCUGAGAGGUCUGCCUCAUGGAGGACAACACACCAAGACCCCAAGAGUCCGUCGCUCUCACAUCUGCGUCCAGUGGUCCGGACAACGUGGCGGCUGAGGUCUUACAAGGCCUGGAGGAAGGCCGGACCCCCGGCAGCGACGCGAGCCCCGCGGUCGGCAGGAACAGCGGGAGCGCGGCCGGCCAGAAGGCCCGCUCAGGAUGGAGGAGACUGCGGCCAGUCCUGAGAGCGAGGGACUUCUACAGGGAGCACGCACAGCUGUUUCGAUGGAUCGGCAUAGGCCUGCUCUGCACUGCGUUCGCUGCCUUCCUGCUGACUGCCUGCAUCCUGGAUUUCCAGAGGGCCCUGGGCCUGUUUGUUGUCACCUGUGUGGUCCUGGUCUUCCUGGCCCACAGCCUGGGGAAGAGGCUGCUGGGGCCGAGGCUGCUGAGGUGCGUCAGGCCUCUGGAGAAUCCCCGCCUGAACCUCUGGUUUAAGAGGGGUCUGGCCGCCGCCGCUCUCCUGGGCCUGGUCCUGUGGCUAAUUCUGGACACCUCCCAGCGGCCCGAGCAGCUGGUGUCCUUCGCGGGAAUCUGCGUGUUCGUGGGCAUCCUCUUCGCCUGUUCAAAGCACCAUCGCUCGGUAUCUUGGAGGGCCGUGUCCUGGGGCCUCGGGCUACAGUUUGUACUUGGACUCCUCGUCAUCAGAACGGAGCCUGGAUUCAUGGCGUUCCAGUGGCUGGGCCAGCAGAUCCAGACGUUCCUGAGCUACACCGAGUCCGGCUCCAAAUUUGUGUUCGGGGAAGUUCUGAUCAAGAGGGUCUUUGCCUUUCAGGUCCUGCCCAUCAUCGUUUUCUUCAGCUGCGUCAUGUCGGUCCUCUACUACGUGGGCCUCAUGCAGUGGGUGAUCAUGAAGAUUGCCUGGCUGAUGCAGGUCACCAUGAGCACCACGGCCACCGAGACCCUGACCGUGGCUGGAAACAUCUUCGUGAGCCAGACCGAGGCCCCUCUGCUCAUCCGGCCCUACCUGGCGGACAUGACCCUCUCCGAGAUCCACGUGGUCAUGACCGGGGGCUACGCCACCAUCGCCGGCUCACUGCUGGGCGCCUACAUCUCCUUCGGGAUCGACGCCGCCUCCUUGAUUGCUGCCUCCGUCAUGGCCGCCCCUUGUGCUUUGGCCCUCUCCAAGCUGGUCUACCCGGAGGUGGAGGAGUCCAAGUUCAGGAGUGAGGAAGGAGUGAAACUGAGCUCUGGAGAUGCCCGGAACAUCUUAGAAGCCGCCAGCACUGGGGCCGCCAUGUCCGUGAAGGUCGUGGUCAACAUCGCGGCCAACCUCAUCGCCUUCCUGGCGGUGCUGGCCUUCAUCAACGCUGCCCUCUCCUGGCUGGGGGAACUGGUGGACAUCCAGGGGCUCACCUUCCAGCUCCUCUGCUCCUACAUCCUGCGGCCUGUGGUCUUCCUGAUGGGCGUGGCCUGGGAGGACUGCCCCGUGGUGGCUGAGCUGCUGGGGAUCAAGCUGGUCCUGAACGAGUUCGUGGCCUACCAGGAGCUCUCCCAGUACAAGCACCGCCGCCUGGCGGGGAUGGAGGAGUGGGUCGACGGCAAGAAGCAGUGGAUCUCCGUGAGAGCGGAAAUCCUCACGACCUACGCCCUCUGUGGGUUCGCCAACAUCAGCUCCAUCGGGAUCAUGCUGGGAGGCCUGACCUCCAUGGCGCCCCAGCGGAAGAGCGACUUCUCCCAGAUCGUCCUGCGGGCACUCUGCACGGGCGCCUGCGUGUCCCUGGUGAACGCGUGCGUCGCGGGGGUCCUCUACAUGCCCAGGGGGGCCGAGGUCAACUGCACGGCCCUCCUGAACACGACCUUAAGCAGCAGCAGCUUCGAGGUGUACCAGUGCUGCCGCGAGGCCUUCCAGAGCGCCAGCCCAGGCUUCAGCCCCGGGGCCCUGGGCAACUGCUGUCACUUUUACAACAACACGGCCUGCGUCUAGUGAGGACAGCGCGCCGACGACGUGCCUUCCGGAGACGGCCACUCCCCAGGAGGCGGCGGGGUCCGCUGUCCUUGGGGCCUCUCCUUAGGGGGGCCCCAGGGUUCAGACCCACCACGGCCCACCCCGGGAAGGAGCGGUGGGGCGAGGGGGCGGAGGCUGAGCGGGUGGGGGCGUGAGUGAACCAAGGAGCUCCCCACCCCUCGCCGGCGGGCUGCUGCCCUAGUUUCAGCCCGUAAAUGUGAAUUCUCAAGAUCACUUCUGUCUCUUCUCCCCGCGCCCCCCCCACACCCAGUAGCACCCUGGUCUUCUCUGCCUCCUGCCCGGCCCCGGGGCUCUCCCACGGACCCUUCCCCUCCUUUACAGCCCCUUGCCCCCGGCGUUUCGGCCCCUCCUCCCCUCCUGUCCCGGCCCUAGGGGCUUACCCCGCCCCUGGAUUCUCCUGGAGACCUCCCCGCUACUUGCAGAGACCCCCCACUGCCUACCCCCCAGCCCUUCCCCAGCUGGCGCCCCGUGGAACACUGUCCCACGUGGUGUCCGCGGGGAAAACACUGCGCUGAAUAAAGUUGGGUUUGGUUUUUUUCUUUUAAAACUA